AUGAACAGAUAUGCCAAGUGGACAGAUGGAACCACAGAAGAUAUUUCUGGGGGCUACAUGGCUGAGAGCAGAUGCUGUUCUGCAGGACUCAGAGAUAGAUGGGCCCAGGCCGAGAAGAAAGGAGAGCAGAGCCAGAUCCUCAGAGGAGGACAGUCAGUGGACACGAGUGAGGAGGGCUCCACAGAGCAUUUGAGUGUGGUCCUCAGCCGCAAAGGGCCCCCCGCCGCCCCCGCCGCCGCCCCGGGCUAUGGCCAGAGCUGCUGCCUCAUUGAGGACGGCGAGCGCUGCGUCCGGCCCGCGGGCAACGCCUCCUUCAGCAAGAGGGUCCAGAAGAGCAUCUCGCAGAAGAAACUCAAGCUGGACAUCGACAAGAGCCUGCAGGUGAACACUCUACGGCGUUACAAACGACACUACAAAUUGCAGACCAGACCAGGCUUCAAUAAGGCCCAGUUAGCAGAAACCGUCAGCCGACACUUCAGGAACAUACCCGUGAAUGAGAAAGAGACGCUCGCCUACUUCAUCUACAUGGUGAAGAGCAACAAGAGCCGACUGGACCAGAAGGCGGAGGGCGGCAAGCAGCUGGAGUGACGACCACAAGUGCGAUGCUGAGCGCACAGGUGAAAUCGGCGUGGAAGCCCGUAAAGACUGUCACAUUUUAUU